UCUACAUAAAAGGAUUAAAGGCAGUUCUUUCUUAUACUUGUAUAAAAAUAAAAUAUAGAAGUAUUAUUUUUUAAAAAGUAAUUAUUUGGAAAGAUGGGUUUUAAUUAAAUGAUGACAAAAAGAUUUUAGCAUCAUUAAUUAAAUACUGUUAUUGUUAAUUAAAAUCUUAAUGCACUACAAAUUAUGCAAAAUAUAAUAUAUGAAUGUGUAAAGGUUAAUACAUUAUCCUCAAAAAUAGGAAGAAACCAGAUCUUUUCAAGUUUAAUGUGCAAUAAUCAAAAGAUGGAAGACAAUAGCAAAGUAAUUUGCAAUGAAGCAUUGGAAGAAAUUGACCAGAAUAUUGUCAAAGUCGAGAUGAUGAAUUGUGAAAAUUUUGAAACUGAACCUCUAGCAGUCAAUCUGAUUCCUCCGAUAGAAGAAUAUAAUACUACUACUGUUUUGCCGAAACGUAGAGUUAGACAUAGCAAGAAAUUAGAAUUCAUCAAGUUGCCAUCUCCAGCAAAGUUCAGUUACUGCACAACAGAUGUAAGAUUAGGAUUGUGGAAGGAUCGUUUCCGCCCAAUACGACCAAAACCUUUACCAACUGCUGCCUCACCAUUAAAAUCUAAAUCAUUUGGAAUGUCACCUACGUUGAAUACAUCUACUUUAACACCAAAUGCAUCUGUGCCAAGUAAGGAUAAAACUCGAAGUCUUACAACUGUGGAUAGCAAAACAAAUCAUAGCACAAACAAUGGUGAUACUGGAAAUAUUACACCAGCAACUAAAGAAUGCAAAACAACUAACAAAAAUGUAAAUGCAAAUUUGAACACCAUGACUAACAGUAAAAGUUUGCAUAACACUAUAUCUAAUAAGACAACAUCUAUAUCCCAUAAAAGUAGUGUCGAAUUAUUCUUUGCGAGUAUGGCGCAGACUGUGUUGAAUUUGCCUAGAGAAGUACAAGCAGACAUUAAAAUGCAGAUCUGUAAAAUUGUUACUAUGGCAGAAGCAAAGUAUUCUGGAUUGCAGAUCAAAACUGAAUAAAUUUUGAAACUUGA